AUGGGUCCACUCAAGCAAAUGACACAUUGCGGAAGCAUAAGUGCACUGUUCGCUGUGUUGAUAGUGCUGUUCGGCGUCAGCUCGUCGGCGCUGACUACAUUUGGGAAGUCAAACACGAAUCAACAGGCAGCCCCAACACCACCGCCGGUGGUAGCCAAAAGCUGUACCAAUCAUGGGGAUUGCAGUACGAUACAAAACACGAGCUGCGUACUCGAUCCGAUCGAUGAUCGUAUGCGGUGCCUGUGCGGUGAUUUCAAGGCACCAGUAAAUGGAUUAUGUUCCGCCAAAUAUAAAGGACUACGGCAUCUGUGUGGUGAUUCCGCUCAAUGCGAUUACGGCAUGAUGUGCGCCAUCGAGAAUGCUACCAAGCCGACCACGACGCUGGUGACAAGCAAAACGUUUCUCACCAGCAGCAUGCUGAACAGCAACGGAAACAACACGUACAAAGUGUGCCUGUGCGACGAAGAGGCCGAAUUUUUCGAAAACAAGCACGAGCACCACUGCAGCGGUACGGUAAUGAUCGUCACAUCCGGUGCAGUGAUCCCGCUGAUGAUGUUGCUUUUGGGAAGAUUUGUCGCCCACCUUCCCGUAGCGCACUGGAACACGGCGCUUUAA